GGAUAACGUUUCGACAGACAAGCUGUCUUCAUCAGUGUAUAGUGACAACACUGCGGGAUGACUCAUAUAGUGUCAAAAGACACACAGGUCUGUAAUAAUGGCCGGGUGUGGCCUGAUAUUUCAUAUCAAAAGACACACAGGUCUGUAAUAAUGGCCGGGUGUGGCCUGAUAUCAUUGGUUAAUUUUCAUAUUAAAAUAGCAUACAAAAAACAGAAAUGGAUAGUGUACGAUCAUAGAUACAAUUUGGCUACAUAAGCCUACAAACAUUUACAAUAGCAUAAUCACAAGAAUGGCUUCAGAUAAAUGUCUACGUUGAGACCGAAGGGAGCAAGGGUCUUUAAAUUAAAGAUCCAAGCAGCCUUUCGUUUUAACAAUAAAUUGUCAAGGUCAUCCCCUUUCCGAGGGAGGGUGACAUGUUCGAUGCCAAUAUAAUGUAGAGACGAAAUCGAGUGGUUUUCUUCCAAAAAAAGUGGGCCGCAACUGGGUAAGUCCAGCUUUGGCGCCUUAUGGUGCUACGAUGCUCCAAGAUACAUACUUUUAAUUUGCGCUUUGUUUUACCCACAUCAUUUUUUACUACAGGGACAAGUUAUAAGAUAAAUAACUGCCUUUAGUGGAGCAUGUGAUAACACCUUUGAAGGAUCUACAUUUAUAAGUUCCAUUACAUUGAGCACAGCCAUUACACUUGUAGUUUCCAUCCAGUAAGGGAGCAAAUACACGUUGUGCAGGGAUAUCUUGGGGUGGUAAAUCAGAGUUUACCAGUUGAUCUCUGAGGUUUCUGCCCUGCGAGAAUAUGGGGGCAGAAACCACAUUACUGAUACUAUCAUCGGAUCUUAGAAUGUGCCAAUGUUUGAACGAUUCCCUCAAUUUGUUCAGAGCACUUUGAAUUAGAGGUCGACCGAUUCAUCGGAAUGGCCGAUUUUUAAUUAGGGUCGAUUUCAAGUUUUCAUAACAAUCGGAAAUCGGUAUUGUUGGACACCGAUUUGGCCGAUAUGUUUUUUUGCGUGUUUUUUUUUGACACCUUUUUAUGCAAUCUUUAUUUAACUAGGCAAGUCAGUUAAGAACACAUUCUUAUUUUCAAUGAUGGCCUAGUAACGGUGGGUCUUGUUCAGGGGCAGAACGACAGAUUUUUACCUUGUCAGCUCGGGGAUUAGAUCUUGCAACCUUACAGUUAACAGUCCAGCGCUCUAACCACCUGCCUCUCAUUGCACUCCACGAGGAGCCUGCCUGUUAUGCGAAUGCAGUAAGCCAAGAUGGCGACCGAUCAGACAACUGAUCAUGUAAAUGGGAAUGGUACAGAGGAACCAAUAGACAUAACUGAAGUGGACACAACUACAGCUGAGGUUAUCCAUUCAGACAAUUUCCAGACUUUAUUAGAUGCUGGUUUACCACAGAAAGUUGCAGAAAAACUAGAUGCAAUUUACAUAGCAGGCUUGGUAUCGCACAGUGACCUAGAUGAAAGGGCUAUUGAAGCAUUGAAAGAAUUUAACGAAGAAGGUGCUCUACAAGUCCUGCUUGAAUUUAAGGAAAGUGAUCUGUCGCAUGUGCAAAACAAAAGUGCCUUCCUCUGUGGAGUAAUGAAGACUUAUAGACAGAGGGAGAAGCAAGGAACCAAAGUUUCAGAUUCCACGAAAGGACCAGAUGAGGCGAAAAUAAAAGCCCUGCUUGAUAGAACCAUCUAUACACUUGAUGUGACAACGGGUCAGCGGAAGUAUGGAGGCCCCCCCCCAGAGUCUGUGUAUUCAGGUGCUCAACCCACUAUUGGAACAGAGAUAUUUGUUGGGAAAAUUCCUCGAGACUUGUUUGAGGAUGAGCUGGUACCCCUCUUUGAGAAGGCGGGACCUAUCUGGGAUCUACGUCUAAUGAUGGAUCCCCUGAGUGGCUUGAACAGGGGCUACGCCUUUGUCACCUUCUGCACUAAAGAAGCUGCCUCGGAGGCUGUAAACCUGUGUAAUAACCAUGAAAUACGCCCCGGCAAACACAUUGGAGUGUGUAUAUCUGUUGCCAAUAACCGGCUGUUUGUCGGCUCCAUCCCCAAGAGUAAAACGAAAGAACAGAUUGUGGAGGAGUUUGCUAAAGUCACAGAGGGUCUUAAUGAUGUCAUACUGUACCAUCAGCCAGAUGACAAAAAGAAGAACAGAGGUUUUUGCUUUUUGGAAUACGAGGACCAUAAAACUGCUGCUCAGGCCAGACGCAGGCUAAUGAGUGGCAAGGUGAAAGUGUGGGGGAACGUGGUUACUGUGGAAUGGGCAGACCCCAUCGAGGAUCCAGAUCCAGAGGUUAUGGCCAAGGUCAAAGUUUUGUUUGUCCGAAACCUUGCGAACAGUGUUACGGAAGAAAUACUUGAAAAAUCCUUUGGCCAGUUUGGUAAACUGGAGCGAGUGAAAAAGCUGAAAGAUUACGCCUUCGUUCAUUUUGAUGAGAGGGACGCUGCAGUCAAGGCGUUGGCUCAAAUGAAUGGCAAAGUUCUGGAAGGAGAGAACAUUGACAUAGUUUUUGCAAAGCCCCCUGAUCAGAAGAGGAAGGAACGCAAAGCUCAGAGACAAGCAGCCAGAACAAACAUGUAUGAUGAUGAUUAUUAUUACAACUACGGCCCCCCUCAGUUGCCCCCUCCCACAAGAGGCGGCCGGGGCAGGGCAGGUUAUUCUUACCCACCCGACUAUUAUGGCUACGAUGAUUACGAGGAUUAUUAUGGUUAUGAUUAUCCCAACUACCGCGGGGGAUACGACUAUGACUACGACUACUACGGCUAUGAUGACUUUCAGGCUCCCGCUAGAGGAAGAGGUGGCAGAGGUGCACGGGGGGCAUCCCCAGCCAGAGGUAGGCCAGGCGCUCCCAGGGGAAGAGGUGGCUUUUCCCCGCGUGGUGGUCCAGGAUCAAGUAGAGGAGGUGUGCAACAGCGUGGCCGCGGCGGGGUACGUGGUGUGAGGGGUGACCACAGUGGAAAUGUAGGAGGAAAGCGCAAAGCUGAUGGGUACAAUCAGCCAGAUUCCAAGCGGUGCCAAACCAAUAAUCAGAACUGGGGCUCUCAACCCAUUGCUCAGCAACCACUCCAAGGUGGUGAUCAUUCUGGUAACUAUGGUUACAAAUCUGACAACCAGGAGUUUUAUCAGGAUUAUUUUGGGCAACAGUGGAAGUAGAACAUAAGGGCUUUAAUUCCAAAUCCUUUUUUAGACUUGAUCUGAUUGGCCCUAAAUCCAUAUGGUUGCCUCAGUUUUUUUUCCUCCAAUUUGGUGACAUCUGGCAAGAUUUCUUGUAUAUAUUUUAAUAAUCUGCUUGUACUUGAACAGUAGUCACACUUCCAACUGUUUUUGACUAACUGUUUUUUAUUUUUUCAAAGUUGAUUAAUGCGAUUUCCAUAAUCAGGUUUAAAGAUUUAAAAAUGUGCAAUCAUGUGAUCCAGCUAUUUUAUUUGGCUGUAGUUUUAUGUAUGUUUUUAGUGAUUCCAUGUUUUAAGUAGCUAACAGCAACUAAACUUAUGUCUCUUAAACAUGUACCUACUUAAAACAAAUGAAACCACAAUUUGUAUGUUACAGAAGAUAAUGCUAGGAAAUGGCAUGUCUUGUAAAAAAAGAAGAAAAAAAAAGACUAGUCCUAUUUAUUGGGCUUUACAUUUUGGCUUGUAUUUUUUUGCUAUUUGUCUGCUUUAAUAAACAUACACGCAGAAGUGUACAAAACCUCA